CACACGAUGAGGAUCAGCAGAUGCUUAUGCUGACGGUUACUGUGCCACGAGCAGAUCGCGAUGCGCCGAUCUUAUAUUCAUAAGCCCAAGGGUCCCGUAUCGGCUGAAUGAAAAAGACGGUGUGUGGCAUGACAAACACUCAGGGGAAAGCCAGGGUUGGAGCAGUUGGACUUCGUUUUCAUCGAAAUCCUGGUAGCCUCAUCUCUUUAACACCUCCAUUCUCCAGCAGUGUCGCUCACCGCUCAAGAGGAUGUUCUCCACUCGAGACCGUGCUGCACACGCAUCGUCCUAGCGGCAGCAAAUUUAGGACCAGACGCGUCUUGCGUUUCUCGUGUUUUGAAGACUGGAUUCCAGGUACCGGGAACGACUGCUGCGCAGCGAUCUUGCCUUUUAAAGAAGGUCGUAUCGCAACAACGUCGCGAAACAUCGUAUGCCCUCGCACGAAACAGAACACGAAGAGCCGCACCACACCACGAGCCUGGGGGCCGUGCGCGUCGAAAGCUUCGAGAAACAUCGUCAGCCUCGGAAAGCGAUGCCCCCGGAUAGGCCCCCCCACACAAGCCCACAUCUUCAAAGUUAUCACGCCGCGAUGGCGAAAAAUGCGAAACGAUCGCUGCCCGCAAGGACCGAGUGUCAACUAUAACCGAGACCGGAUUCCGAACGGCUUCGUAUUCCGCGAAAUGAGACGAUUCGUAUUCGCCGGCCGACGUCAUUGUUGCCAAUGGCAAAGAUGCAAUAUGUCCUUGAAGACUAUCGCACCAGCAUUGCGAUCUUCUGUGCCUCGUUUAGCCGUUCAGUCCGAGCUUUCGAGCUCUUUCAUCACCGGUUGGCGGCGGUCGCUUGAGGAUUUGAAGCGAAGGAACGACGUUUCCGCAGAUAAAGAAAGAUUCCGGUCGAUAAGGCAGGAUUGAACUUACCGGAUCCGGACUCGCGUGUUCAACGUCGCUUGGAGUAUUUGUAACGUCCGUCGCCGUGAAGAGAGUUACCAUGAAGCGAGAUGGUGAUAUUUGUACGGAGUAGAAGAAGAGGCCUAGUUAAGGUGUAUAGAGUGUGUGUGUGCUCUAAGAGCUUUUCACCCAUA